AUGGACUUCCCGUACCAGUCUUCGCGAUCGAAUAAGGUUACUGUGGAACUUCCAGAGGUGCCAGUAGCCCUUCGCGUCCCGACUUUAAUGGUCGAUAGUUUCAAAUUUAUACAGACCCAUGGCUUGGUGGAAGGUAUUCUUCGUAUAAGUGGUUCUGUAAAGCGAAUCAACAAGUUGUAUGAAUGUGGAUCCCUGACGUGGUUUCAUGAACCAUACCCUUUGCCACACGACAUUAGUGGAGUUUUGAAACGAAGCCUUCGUAACUUUGAUAAUCAUGAUAUACAGGGCCAAAUCGCGUUCCACGAGCUUGUUAACGAGUUUAGAAAGUGGAGAACCUCAGAAAAGCUCAAAGGCGAAGCAGGAGAAAAGCAAGAUAUACAGCUCGAGCAACCAGAGACGGUGGAAUGUGACGAAGAAAACGCCGAAACGAACAAAGUAAAGGUUGACAACGGGGAAACGUUUGCACCUAGUAACAUUGAAGAGGUUACUGAAUCCAACGAAAAAAGCUCUAAAUCCGAAGAAAAGGCUACUGAGCCUGAAGAGAAGACUGAAACAAACAGUGCGGAACCUCGAGACGAAGGUGCCUCUGACGAGACUGAUUCUGAAUUUGCUACCGCCCCAACUGAAACUCCCAAAAUUUCACUGAACGAGGCAUUUGCUUCUUCUGCUGACCUCUCGUCGCCUGAAGUUGUAUAUCUUACAGCCGAGACGAUGCUGCCUUCCGAUGUAGAAUCGAUGGUGCUGGUCCUUGAUGUGAACUUUUACCGUUUGUUUGCCGUUAUGGUGUGCUCCAAGUGGUCCCAAACUAGGCUUCACGUCUUCAUUUUUGUUGUUUGUCAACUCCAUCGCCUUCUUUCCGAGCAAGAAAAGACCAAGAUGUCCAGCACAAACUUGUCGAUCAUUUUCCAGCCAUAUUUGUUAAACUCUGACCUGCUCGAACUCAUGCCUGAGCUCCAAAAUAUUUUGCAGAUCAUUAUUGAGGACUACCCCACAUUUAUUGAAAACAUACCCCUUUAUACCCUCGAAUCGAGCACAUCCAUCAUCACAAAAUUAUCAGAAGAGUCAGUGACGUCUCCUAUAUCCUCUGCGUCGUCGACGGAUUCCAUUCCAAGUCCUUUUACUGGCAACACAUCACCUUUAAAAGAAGAGACUCCAAACAUGGAAGAAUACAAGAAGAAACAAAAUCGUUUUAGCUUCUUGUUUGAUUCCUAUACGAGCCCAGUGUCCAAACGGUUUUCUAUCGACUACUUUAGCCGCAGCAAAUCAACCUCUGAACCCUUAACAGAAGCUCCUCAACUGAGGCAUCUACCGGUUCCUAUCGUGGGCAGCAAUAGUGUAUCGCUUGACCAGGUCCCUCAGCUUCGUGAUCAGACUACGAAACAGCAAAAGCGAAAAAGUUUCAUGAAUAUAUUUACACUGCCAUAUGUUCUGACGCCCGAAUUGGCUGCAAACAAGGUACCAGAUAUUGAAUUACCAAAACGGGAAACGAGAAACGGAUCUAAUGGCCUGCGUGAAAGCUUUUUCAAGCGAACCUUCUCGAUGAAGAGACGUCCAAGCAUGAAACAACGUCAUACUGAUGGAGAUAUACACUAA